AUGACGACCCUCCCAGCAAUAUCAGACGUGCCGUCACUCUCGACCGAGGGCCGAGCCCAGAUCCUCGACACAUUAUUCGAGCCGUGCGCGCAGCUUCACACGUUGUCUGUGAGCGUGCUGCACGAGCGCUCGUUCGACUCGUACGACGCCCUCAUCGCCGCGGUCGGCGAGCAAUUGACCGGACUGUACGAGUCGCGCCUCGAGAGCGACACCCGCUGGCUGGACUCCAUCCUCGUCGCCCACCCGCGCCUUGGCGACAAGAAGGUCGACAGCGAGCAGAGCCGCAGAGAGCAGGCACAGCUCAACCAGGGUGCUGACGGUGCCGGUGCCGAUGUCGCGGCGGCGGAGAGGCUUGCGAGCUUGAAUCGUGCGUAUGAGGAGAAAUUCCCGGGUUUGAGAUACGUGUAG